ACAAGCGUGUGUCGGCCAUGACGGAUUGAAGCAGGAUUUGUAAAUGAUUGUAGAACAUUAGGGACUGUUGUAAUCAUGGCCCUAACACUGCACAUCAAGUAUGUGGAGAAACUGAAGGGGCGGGCCGAGCGGCUCAUCAAAGUCUCCUUUCGUGGUCUAUCCCACUACACGAAAACAUUGGAAAAUGUGGAGGAUUCUCUGGCAUUUGAUGAGAUGUUUGAGUGGCCAGUGGCCCGACCCAUCGAAGCCGAGGAGGUCAUCGACAUUCAGGUCUUCAACUACAACAAGUACUUGAGUAACAGACUUGUCGGCACAUUCCGCAUGAUCCUGCAGGAGCUGAUAGAGGUCGGGAAUGUCAAGAUCUCAGACAGUCUGCUCGACAGCAACAACGUCGUUAUGAAGACCAGCAUAACCUUCGAGCUGACUUACAACGCGCCAGACGGCUCGGUGGGGCUAUGGCAGAAAGGAGGGUUCCAGAAACUCAAGAGCACCGAGCUCAGGCGAGGGCUAAACGAGGAGGAACAGCUCAAUGAGCUUAACAAACAGGAGCACAAGUCUUUCCUGGAGUACGACAAAGACACAGACACUGAAUGUUUGAUCACCACCACACCCUCCCCGUCUACCAAGGGUUCCAUGCUGAGCCUAGUAUCCAAUUCUUCAGCCAGCAAGUCGCCGAAAAGCACAAGCAGCAAGUUUGGGUCGGUGGUCAAGAUGGCUAUGAUGAUGCGUCAGAGGUCAGCCACGCCGGAAACAGAGGAGGACAGAGUGACCUUGACUGACCAGUUAGAUCCAGACUCGAGCGAUCUUGAUGCCCGGGCAGCGGAAGUGGCAUCCAUGUUGGCCAGGACCAACAGGAAUGUGGAGCCUGAGGACACGAGCACCAUGCCCACCCCCAUCACAGGGCAGAUGAAAAGAAACAAGACAACCUUGAUGACAGAAGACUCGCUCAUGAAAGCUCAAGAUUUCCAGGUCUGUGUGACCAUCAUAGAAGCCAGACAGCUGGCAGGACUCAACAUGGACCCUGUGGUGUGUGUCCAGGUGGGUGACCAGAAGAAAUACACCAGCGUCAAGGAGUCGACCAACUGCCCGUAUUACAAUGAGUACUUUGUCUUCGACUUCCACAUGCCGCCCCUGAUGUUAUUUGACAAGAUCAUCUCCCUCUCGGUCCAGCACUUCCGUAAGUUCCUCCGCUCUGGGAACGUGGUGGGCAGCUUCAAGCUGGACGUGGCUACCGUUUACAGACAGCUGGACCACCAAUUCUACCACAAGUGGGCCAUGCUGAUGGACCCGGAAGAUAUCAACGGUGGGGUCAAAGGUUACCUCAAGUGUGACAUUGCCGUCAUAGGAAAAGGAGACUCCGUUAAAGUCCCACCAAAGUCUGAGAAGGAAGAUGACGACAUUGAAGCCAACCUGCUGCUCCCCGACGGAGUGCCGGCAGACCGGCAAAAAGCCCGGUACGUCGUGAAGAUCUACCGGGCCGAGGGUCUGCCCAAGAUGAACGCCGGCAUCAUGGCGAAUGUCAAGAAAGCUUUUACCGGAGAGAAUCGCGAUCUGACGGAUCCGUUUGUGGAAGUCAGUUUUGCUGGACACAGGGGACGCACCUCCGUCAAGAAAGGUUGCUACGAGCCGGUGUGGAACGAGCAGGUGACCUUCACCGAGAUGUUCCCACCACUCUGCCGUAGGAUACGUCUGCAACUCAGGGAUAACGACAGCGUCAACGAUGACGUCAUCGGGACACAUUUCAUCGACCUCUCGCUGAUAUCCCACGAAGGCGAGAAAGGUUUCUUGCCAACCUAUGGACCCGCAUGGGUCAACCUGUACGGGUCGACCCGGGACUACCAGAUCCUGGCAAAACACGGCCACCUGAACGACGGGCUGGGGGAGGGCGUGUCCUACAGGGGGCGUCUCAUGAUCUCCGUCAAGACAGAGAUCAUCGACACGGAGGACAUAGGCGUGACCCUGGUGGAGGUGGAGGCCACGCCCCCUGUCUCUGAGACUGCUGCCGGGAGGACAGAGGAAUAUUUUCUGUUUGGAUGUUUUCUGGAGGCCGCCAUGAUUGACAAGAAGGUUGGGGACAGGCCAAUACAUUUUGAGAUGAGCAUUGGUAACGCCGGUAAUGUCAUGGACGGCUACAACCCGCCGUGCCGCCACAGCCGGGACGACAGUUCCGAUGAGACGGACCAGGGGUCGGACCAGGAAGAUGACCGCUUGACCGCCUCCCAUGAUGCCCCGCAGUGGGUGAGCACCACGGUGCCGGUGAAGCCAGUCAGCCGUGACAAGUGCUACUAUCACCUGCCCUACUAUGAGGACAAGCCGUGCGUGUACCUGACGGAACACUUUGAGGACCAUCGGCGCCGGAUGUACAACUCCAACAUCAUUGAGAAGAUCUGCGAGAAGCUGGAUGACGGGCUCGCGCAUGUGCAGAUAAUGAUUGACGAUGAGCAGCCAUUUCCGGAACAACGUUUGAGGCUCGUCUUUGAGGAAUUGGGUCAAGGUUGCUCCAAGUUCGUGUCCCUGGUCAAAGGGACCGGGGGUGGGUCGGCGGCCGGCAAGACCAAACUGGACAAGGAGAGACACAAGUUGUUGGUCAGAGAAAUGGACCAGCUGUCCACAUUGGCCAGGACAAUGAAAGCAACUGUGACCAAAUCUAACAUGAUGGACAAGAUUAAAGCUGGCAGUCAAUACCUCAACAAGCUGAAGAGUUUGUCAAUAGAGCCCCAACACGCCCUCCCUGACAUCUUCAUCUGGAUGUUGAGCCACAACAAAAGGAUCGCCUACCAAAGGAUCCCCGCUAGACAGGUCAUCUAUAGCAUCGUGGAUGAGGAGAGGGGCAAAGACUGUGGGAAACCUCUCACACUGCUGCUCAGGCUGCCGGGCAAGCGAGCCAUGGGGUCAGCUGGUUGGACCAUACAAACCAAGCUCCAGGUUUUCCUCUGGCUGGGCCUGUCCAAGCACAAGAAAGAUUUCCUCAAGGGCCUGCCCAGAGGAUACGAGGAGACCAAGCAGCUCAAACAGGCCUGUAAGCCGUCUGGGGCACCGCCGGGGUACAUACACUAUAACGAGCGCCAGUCAUUCCAGCUAAGAGCCCACAUGUACCAGGCGAGACAACUCAUCGGAUCUGACGCUUCAGGUCUGUCUGACCCGUUUGCCCGGAUCGCUUUUGCCGACCAGAGUCUGGCCACUCAGGUGAUUGAGCAGACUUUGAGCCCCACCUGGGACGAGAUGCUGAUACUGACCGAGGUCCAGGUGUACGGCAUGAUGGACGAGAUCGUGGACGAGCCCCCAACGGUGGUGGUCGAGAUCUUCGAUCAGGACAAAGUGGGCAAGUCAGAGUUCAUAGGCCGCGCCCUCUGCAAGCCGGUGGUCAAGCUGAGCAGUGAAGCCUACAAGCCCCCCAAAUUCCCGCCCCGCCUAGAAUGGUGGGACAUCUUCCGCGGGCCGGACCGCGCCGGGGAGCUCCUGGCGACCUUUGAACUCCUCCAGAAACCCUUCGAGGAAUCGGAUUUGAAGGCCGCAUAUCAGACACCACCACACGCUCGAAAGAUUCCGUUAGCUCCCUUUGGUGAUUCUUCUGGUCAAGACUUACCGCCCUUGGAGCUUCCAGAAAUGAAGAAAGACAGAGGUCCCAUUAUGCCCGUGCCCAAAGGCAUUCGACCCAUCCUCAGUAAACACAGAAUUGAAGUUCUGUUCUGGGGUGUCCGAGACUUGAAGCGUGUCCAGCUACAGCUGGUUGACCACCCACGUAUCGACAUCGAGUGCGCAGGUCACGUGCUGUCCUCAUCCGUGCUACAGAACUCCAGGAAGAAUCCAAACUUCAGCGUGCCGGUCAAGUACUUCGAUGUGGAGCUGCCAGAGAACGAGCUGUACUGUCCCCCCAUCACCAUCCGCUGUGUGGACUGUCGCAGCUUCGGUCGUUUCACCCUAGUCGGCACUCACGUCAUCAGCAACCUGCACAAGUUCAUGUAUGUGCCGACCACAACUCACGCCAAGAACACACUCCAGAAAAUAUUUGCAUUGAAAGGGCUGGACGAGGUCAAGGUCAUCCAGUCGGGGUCACCGGUCUCCACCAAGUCGGAGGACGUGACUAUCAACAUGGACGAGAACCUUCCGCUCAUCACACGUGACCAGUACAUCACCAUCAACACGGGUCCCAGUACAAAAGACGAAAAAACUGCGGAAAACAAAAAGAAAAAAGCCAAGAAAAAGACGGUGGAAGAGGACGAGCCGGACAUGGAGGCACUGGACUGGUGGAGCAAGUACUUCGCCUCGGUGGAAACUAUGAUCAGGGCAGAUCCCAAUGAUGAGGAACACGGCCACGCCGAUGACGUCUUCAACGUGGAACUGCUGCAGGCGGAGAGCCGGGCCCAGGACUCCAAGCAGUCGCAGGACGACGACCUGAGCAUCAAGCGGGCAGCAAAUGGCGGAUACGGCACUCUAGCAGACGAGGUGGAGAUCAAAGAGGCGAAGAGGUUCGAGAGGGAGGUCAAGAAGAUGGUGGAGAGGCGAGACCUGGAGAAGAAGAAAGACGCCUCUCUGGCCAAACAGCUCUCUCCCAAAGCUCAGAGAAAGAGGGAGAAGUUGUUGAGUAACACGUCACAGCUCAAGGUGUAUCCCACGGAGCUGGAGACGCAGCUGCAGUUUAACGGCUUCCGGGACUGGCUCCACACCUUCGAGCUGUUCCGCGGGAAAAACAUGGGCAACGACGAGCCGGAUGAGAACAGGAUUGUGGGAAAGUUCAAGGGUUCAAUGAAGAUCUACAAGAUACCGCUACCACCUGACAUAGAGGACUGCACCAUCACCGGCGGAGAUCCGGCGUACGGUCUUUUUCAGGGCCUACCCAGUAAUGAGCCGGUCAAAGUGUUGGUCCGUAUAUACAUAGUCAAGGCCAAUGACCUUCACCCUGCUGACAUCAACGGUAAAGCUGACCCCUACCUGGUCAUCCGACUGGGCAACAAGACACAGAACGAUAAAGAGAGCUACAUCUCCAAACAGCUGAAUCCAGUCUUUGGCAAGUGCUUUGAAAUGGAAGCCACCUUCCCCAUGGAAUCCCUCCUGACGGUCCAAGUCUACGACUGGGAUCUCAUUGGGGUCGACGACCUGAUCGGUGAGACCAAAGUUGACCUUGAGAAUCGAUACUACAGCCGGCAUCGAGCCACGUGUGGUCUGGCACACAAGUACGAGCUGCACGGCUACAACGCGUGGAGAGACCCCCAAAAACCCACCCAGAUCUUGGCCAAACUGUGUAAAGAUGGUAAAGUGGAUGGCCCACACUACCAGCCUGGGAAGGUGCGGGUGGCCAACAGGAUCUUCACGGCCCCUGUAGAGAUCGAGGAUGAGAACGGGGUGAAGAAGGCGACAGACGAGCACCUGGCUCUGGCUGCCCUCAACAACUGGAGCGAGAUUCCAAAGGUCGGCUGUCAUCUGGUGCCAGAACAUGUGGAGACCAGGCCGUUGUUCCAUCCUGAGAAGCCAGGGAUAGAGCAGGGCAAGCUAGAGAUGUGGGUCGACCUGUUCCCCAUGGACAUGCCCGCCCCAGGGCCGCCCGUCGACAUCUCCCCCAGGAAACCCAAGAGUUACGAACUGCGAUGUAUCAUCUGGAACACCGACGACGUCGUGCUUGAGGACGACGCCUUCUUCACGGGCGAGAAAAUGUCGGACAUCUACGUCAAGGGCUGGAUCAAGGGAUCGGAGGACAUGCAAUCCACGGAUAUUCACUACAGGUCAUUGACAGGGGAAGGUAACUUCAACUGGAGGUUUUUGUUUCCCUUUGACUACCUAGUGGCUGAGGAGAAAAUCGUCAUCUCGCGAAAGGAGACUUUGUUCUCGUGGGACGAGACCGAGUCCAAGGUCCCGGCCCGCCUCAAUCUGCAGGUCUGGGACGCUGACCACUUUUCUGCUGACGACUUCUUGGGUUCCUUGACCCUUGACCUGAACCGGUUCCCCCGGGGCGCCAAAUCCUCCAAGCUGUGUACCCUGGACAUGCUGAAGACGGACGGGUCGGUGCCACAGAUGUCUCUGUUUAAACACAAGAGGGUCAAGGGCUGGUGGCCAUUCCACGUCAAGAACGAGGGCAGUGAUGAGCUCGAGCUGACGGGGAAAGUUGAAGCAGAGUUGCAUCUGAUGACGUCAGAGGAGGCAGAAAAACACCCGGCCGGACUGGGGCGCUCCGAACCCGAUCCUUUAGAGAAGCCAAACCGACCCGACUCGUCCUUCAUGUGGUUCAUGAACCCCUUCAAGUCCCUGCGCUACAUCCUCUGGCACAACUACAAGUGGAUCAUCAUCAAGCUGUUCCUGCUCGCCCUGCUCACGGCCCUGCUCCUGCUCUUCUUCUACUCCAUGCCGGGCUACACGGUCAAGAAGAUGUUCAACGCUUAACUUCGGUCCCAGGGGUCACUCUCUGGAGGCUCCCUCAGCGGUCACUCGCUUUUGGAGCCCCCCCCCCCAGCGGUCACUCGUUGAUGCUCCCCUGCGGUCACUCACUGUAGACUCCCCCCACGGUCACGGGGCUGUGUCUAAUCUCCCCACAGCGCGACACCAACAACAUAAUUGUGGCCGCAAGCUCUUGGUACUGAUAAAUCAGCUUGACAUGUUAAUUGGAUCAAACCUCAUUACCCGACCAACUUAAUUAACGUAAAUUAAUUAUGAUAAUUAUUUGGCUUUAUAAUUGACUGAAAGAGCAGGGAUUAUAGACUAAUAUUAAGGUGGAUACAGUUUUUGUCAUUCUUGAAGUUUUGUUAACUUCAGACACCAACAGCGGGUGUGAUGUUGUUUUUUUUUUAUAUAAAAUUAUUUUAUUAAAAAAUCUAAAUGUUGGUUAAUGUAAAUAUAUUACCAUGUAAAUAUAUAAUUAAUAUGUGCAAUAAUAAAAUAUAUUAUUGUUUACUUUAAACCUGUAAAUGCUAUUUUGUUUUUAAAUUAAUUUGUAUGCACUAACAUUGUUACCCCCCUUAACACCAAAGCUGUUAACGCCCUUUAAUGUGUUUAUUCAAAAUUUAAAUCUACCCUUUUUUAAUUAUGUUGAUGCUAAUUCAUACCGUUUACUUACAAUAAAUCUGAUUUUAUUGUGAAGUAAAUUUUUCAUUUACACUUUUCUAAGCUUGAGCAAACUAUUCUUAUAUUUUUGAAUUUGAACACUUUUUGCUGACUUUGUGAUAUGAUAAUAAUAUAAUGCCGUUGAUAUAUUGUAAAUUUGUGAUACUUUAUAUAUUUUUUUUUCAAAUUGGAUAUUUUAUUCCUUGAUAUACAUUCACUUAGAUCUAGUUUGAGGGCAAGGUCACCCAAGGCCAGAGGUCACCUAUUUGUAUACAGGUAUCACCAGUGGCGUAGCGAGGUCGGGUGUCACCCGGUGCGGCACUUAAUGGUGU